AUUUGUGCGUAUUGCAGAGCAGGUCUGAGAGAAUUUACUUGGACAGAAUUGUUCAAUUGCUUUUACAUUUUGUUUAAUAUUUGAUAGUUUAGAUGUAACCGGUCUGAAACAGUUCUGCAGUAUAAAAUGGAAAACAAAGGCGCGCUCUCGGUCGUGCUUCAUCUUUGUCUCAGCGUUUUUGUUAUGGCGGACACCGUUUAUGGAGAUGUGAGCUAUUCUUUUCCGGAGGAGAUGAAACGAGGAUCUGUGAUUGGAAAUUUAGCCAAGGACCUCGGCCUGGAUGUGAACAGACUGUCGGUUCGUAAAGCCCGCAUUGAUGCUGAAGGUAACCGGAAAAAAUACUGCGACAUUAAUGUGAAUACUGGAGAACUGACUGUGGCAGAAAGGAUUGACAGAGAGGGUCUUUGUGGAAAGAAGGCGACGUGCGUUAUAAAACAAGAGCUGGUCCUGGAAAAUCCAUUGGAAUUGCAUCGUGUUAGUUUUAAUAUUCAAGAUAUUAAUGACAAUUCGCCUGUAUAUUUGAAUGAAGUAAUUCGAUUAGAAAUAAGAGAAUCGGUUGUUAAAGGUGCCACAUUUCCGUUAGAUCCAGCUCACGAUGCAGACAUUGGAGAAAAUUCAGUACAGGGCUAUGUGCUUCAAAGGAACGAACAUUUUGUCUUGAAUGUUAAUACAAACGCAUACGGGCUAAAAUACAGUGAAUUAGUGUUAGAUAAGGAGUUAGAUCGUGAGCGGGAGCAGGAGUUACCAUUAAUUCUCACUGCAGUUGAUGGUGGGACUCCACCGAGAUCAGGUACUGUAGCCAUACAUGUCGCUGUACUGGAUGCUAAUGAUAAUGCUCCAGUGUUUAGUCAGUCUGUUUAUAAGGUCAGUCUGCCUGAAAAUUCUCCUCUCAACCUUGUAGUGGUUACUGUGGGCGCUACAGAUGCUGAUGACGGGGUGAAUGGUGAAGUAGUUUAUGCGUUUGUUCACAUUUCAAAGACAAAUCAUGCAUUAUUUUCACUAGAUACAAAAUCGGGAGAAAUCAGUCUUAUUGGUCCAGUAGAUUUUGAGGAGGAAACAACAUUUGAACUUCAAAUACAAGCUAAAGAUGGCCCAGGUUUAGCGACGUAUUCUAAAGUAGUUAUAGAUGUAACUGACAUCAAUGAUAAUGCGCCUGUGAUACUCCUCAAAUCUCUGAACAGCCCAGUUCCUGAGAAUGUUUUACCUGGUACAGAGGUGGGCAUCAUUAACGUGCAGGACAUGGAUUCUGGGAAUAACGGACAGGUUCACUGUUCACUUCAGCAAAAUGUUCCAUUUAAACUCGUUCCAUCAAUUAAAAAUUAUUAUUCUCUAGUGACAACAGGUGAUUUAGACCGAGAGCUCGCAUCUGAUUAUAACAUUACAAUCACUGCUACUGAUGAAGGCUCUCCACCUUUGUCCUCCUCUAAAACUAUUCAUUUAUCAGUAGCUGAUGUGAAUGACAAUCCACCUGUAUUUGAGGAGCAGGUUUACAGCGCUCAUGUGAAAGAAAACAACAAACCAGGCUCCUCUGUUUGUACAGUAGCAGCAACAGACCCGGACUGGAGACAGAAUGGUACUGUAGUUUAUUCUCUUCUACCUUCUGAUGUCAGUGGUGCUCCAGUAUCCUCAUUUGUAUCCAUUAAUGGAGACACAGGUGUUAUCCAUGCAGUGAGGUCUUUUGAUUAUGAGCAGUUGAAAAGUUUCAAAGUGCUCGUCUUAGCCAGAGACAACGGUUCUCCUCCACUCAGCAGUAACGUGACUGUGAGCGUCUUCAUAAGUGAUGAGAAUGAUAACUCUCCACAAAUCUUAUACCCCUCUCCGGAAGGAAACUCCUUCAUGACUGAGAUGGUGCCCAAAGCUGCCCAGUCAGGCUCUCUGGUGUCCAAGGUGAUCGCAGUGGAUGCGGACUCUGGUCAAAACGCGUGGCUUUCUUAUCACAUAGUGAAAGCGACUGAUCCAGGACUUUUCACUAUUGGUGAGCACAGUGGAGAAAUCAGGACGCAGCGGGACAUUUCUGAAUCUGACAGUACAAAGCAGAAUCUCAUUGUUUCAGUCAAAGAUAACGGACAGCCUUCACUUUCUGCAACCUGCGCCGUCUAUUUACUUAUUUCUGAUAACUUGGCUGAGAUUCCUGAACUGAAAGACAUGUCUUAUGAUGAGAGCAGCUCCAAACUGACUUUUUAUUUGAUCAUCGCGCUGGUGUCCGUCUCCACUUUCUUCCUCACCUUCAUCAUCAUCAUCCUGGCCGUGAGGUUUUGUCACAGGAGGAAGCCCAGACUGCUGUUUGAUGGAGCUGUGGCCAUUCCCAGCGCGUAUCUCCCUCCAAAUUACGCAGAGGUGGAGGGAGCGGGAACUCUCCGCAGCACCUACAAUUACGACGCAUAUCUGACCACAGGAUCACGAACCAGUGACUUCAAGUUCGUCACUUCUUACAAUGAGGGAACUCUGCAAGCUGACCUGACUCUGAAGAAAAAUCGUUUAUGUGUGGAUCCCUUUCCUGUGUUAGAUGAUGGAAUAGUCGAUGCUUCUCAGGUGGGCGCAUUUUAACGUUUAUACUUUCAUAAUUACAUCAAGUAAUGUUCGUGUCUCCGGGUAUUCGCUUCGACGUAAAUGAACAUUGGCUCAUUCAUUCCUUUUUUGCAGAUGUUUUUUUCACCAUGUUUAGAGACAUAUUUUGGACUGUUGCUUACUUGUUUUAUUUGCCUUU